CAAGGAACAUCACUGAACACUGACAUGAGCUGUGUCAAAGAUCAUCUCAUGGAUACUGGACUGGCCAUGGAUCAGAACCACUGGAUGAUAAUGACUACUGUCUACGAUGAAAACAUAGCAAAGAUCAAAGCUAAGUUUGGUGUGGACUUUAAGGAAUCAGCCAUCGGUCAAGACAAAGUUGAAGUCAAAGUUCACUGUAACAGAUCUGGAGGAAAUGCAUCAAUGGAGAGCCAUGCUGUCAGAGCUCUCCUUCAACUGUACCAGAAGGUGAACACAAGAGCCAUAGGCAUGACCCAACACCAUAGUGCCACUGGGUUCAAUGGAUCACCGUACUUUCAUCAAUCAGAGGGCGCCUCCAGCGGACUGGUGUCGAAUGGCCAAUCAGAAUACAGCGUGCGCAACACUGAAGCAACCACAGGAGAGGGAGCAACAGCUGGAGGCAACGAAGAUGAAAAGUGUCCAAUAUGCAUGGAUGGAUUUACCAAUAAGAAGUGUAAACAUGAAUUUUGUGAGGAAUGCCUGACACAAUCCAAACAAAGCAUGGGACCUGUCUGUCCUGUAUGCAGAGAUGUCUUUGGUACGAUUGAGGGAAACCAGCCAGAUGGAAAGAUGUCAUGGGAUUAUAAUUCCUAUCCUCUCCCUGGAUUCUCAGGCUAUAGCACAAUAGUCAUCAGAUAUGAUAUGCAAGGUGGAAUACAGACGGAAAAGCAUCCAAAUCCCGGAAAGUACUAUGGUCCUAUCCACAGAACAGCAUACCUGCCACACAAUAAAGAGGGCAAAGAAGUUCUGCAUCUCUUAAAGAAAGCGUUUGACCGGAGGCUCAUUUUCACUGUUGGGACAUCCAGAACAACUGGAAUGGAGAACCAGGUGAUCUGGAAUGACAUUCACCACAAA